UGCCGGUUGAGAGCUUGGUGUCUUAUCCGUUUUUUGAUUCCUCUCAAGUCCAAGGAGUCUGGAACUGGUGCGUCGUGAUACAGCGUGGUCACAGCGCGUGAAUCACAGUCAAAGUUUGCAGCAGAACUGGGGCAACUUGGUCACGUGCGUGUUUGCUCAGGAGAAUAGGAAAGGUCCGAAACAAGAGGACAACAGUCUUUCAAAUCCUGGAGCCUGUCAAACCGUGUUUUAGCACUGCUGUAUCAGUCUAUGGUGAAAAGUAAAAAGAAUCGCCCCUUUGCUGCUUUGAGGGUUAAUUGGCUCCACUUAGAGCACCAUGGACGAGCUGCAGGAUGUUCAGUUGACAGAGAUCAAACCUCUCCUGAAUGACAAGGAACAUGACAUUGAGACAGCUUUUGGAGUGGUCCAUGUCACCAUGCGGGGCACACCCAAGGGGAACAGACCUGUCAUCCUCACAUACCAUGACAUUGGCCUCAACCACAAAUCCUGCUUUAAUGCAUUCUUUAACUUUGAAGACAUGCAAGAGAUCACUCAGCAUUUUGCUGUGUGCCACGUGGAUGCACCAGGCCAGCAGGAAGGAGCCCCCCCAUUCCCAUCUGGGUACCAGUAUCCCAGUAUGGAUGAACUGGCUGAAAUGCUGCCCGCUGUUCUAACACACCUGAACCUGAAAAGCUUCAUCGGGAUUGGACUGGGAGCUGGCGCUUAUGUCCUCAGCAGGUGUGCACUCAGCCACCCCGACCUGGUGGAGGGACUCGUCCUUAUUAAUGUUGAUCCAUGUGCAAAGGGCUGGAUUGACUGGGCAGCAUCCAAGUUUUCAGGCUGGACAACCAACAUAGUGGAUAUUGUCUUGGCACACCAUUUUGGCCACGAGGAACUGCAGGCAAAUCUAGAUUUGAUCCAAACGUACAGGCUUCAUAUCGCGCAGGACAUUAACCAAGAUAACCUUCAGCUGUUCCUCACCUCAUACAACAGUCGCAGAGAUCUGGAAAUUGAGAGACCAGUUCUUGGCAUCAAUGAAAAUACUGCAAAAACACUCAAGUGCCCUGCCUUGCUAGUGGUUGGUGACAACUCACCUGCUGUGGAAGCAGUGGUCGAAUGCAAUUCACGUCUUGACCCAACCAAAACUACCCUUUUGAAGAUGGCCGACUGCGGGGGCCUGCCCCAGGUGGUUCAGCCUGGCAAGCUGACUGAAGCCUUCAAGUACUUUGUGCAGGGAAUGGGCUACAUCCCUUAUGUGCAGCUCAGCCACCUAAGCACUGAGUCAGUGCCAGCAGCUAGCAUGACCCGGCUGAUGCGCUCCCGUACUCACUCCUCCUCUAGCGUGGGCUCCGGCGAGAGCAUCCGCAGCCGGUCUCAUACUAGCAACCAUGGUGAAGGAAGCGCUGGAACCCCAGACGGAAUUGACCUCCAGGACGCACCUCAAACCAUGGAAGUAUCCUGUUAGGCAGGAGCCCCUCUUCUGGAUUCAGACAACUCCACUCGCCCCCACCGAACCCACUCAGAAUCUAGCAUUUCAUCCAACAUGGCAUUAACUGUUCUCUCUAACUUGUGCAUGCCCAUCUGAGCUGCCGCCUCCUUGGUAGUCUGUACUUGGCAUUACUUUGGUCCUUUCUGUAUGCCCUCGGCAUCAGAGCCUCUUUAAAACUCGUUAACAUUCCACAGUCUUAGUAAGUCACGUUACUGUACAUGCUGAUACCAUCUCCUUUCUGUGCUGUGUAUCAAUCCAGAUGACAGCCGUUGUCUCCCCUGUUCAUUUAAAUAUAAUUCCUGUGGCUUUGUGAGGUUUAGAAUUGCUUUCUAGUUGUGCUUCUGCUAAAGGACCCUUGUGGUGCAGUUGGUAUGGCAUCUGUGGGACGCGGGAAAGCGAGACCAGGGCGAUGUGAAACACCAGGCGCUGGAGCAGGCGGAGCUCUUCGGCAGAGCUGUGCCGGCAGCACGGAACCCACCAGAAGGUCUUUGUGUGCCAGGACUCUUGGCAACGCCAGGCAGCCUGGGGAAAACAAACGGUCAGGAACACUGCCUUGGUCUCGUCUCUGGGUGUGUUAAGAAGGAGCAGAGUGAUUUCUCACCUGAGCCUCCUGAAAGGGCAAAGCAAUUAACAAGGAAACUCACACUAUCCGAGGUGCACUAUGAGCCGAGUACAAGGGAUUAAACUACAGCAGCCCUGGCCUCCAGACCGCCUUUGCUGACCCUCCGCCUCCCCCGCGCAAGGGCCAGGUGCAGUUAACACCCAGUCGCGAUUCUACCCCGGCACAGACGAGUCUUUCAGAUCAAGCAGGUUGCGAAACGGGCAGCAGUGCCCCUUGCCAGGGGAGGGAUCCAGGAGUCUCCCGCACUGCCGGCUCCGCGUUCCGCCGCUGCCUGCCCCGGGCAGGGUGUCUGCGCAGGGGAUUAACUGAGGCGCAGGAAAGAUCAGCGAACGUAAAUGACGUCCGGCAGACGGACGUUCGUGUGAGUCGGGUCAGAAGCGUGAGCGGCGAAUGCCUCUGUGCAGGUACUAUUUACUGCCUUCGUGGAGUUCGCGAUUCUGCCGCUUUUUUACAUCUGGCCGGGUCACAGAGGGCGGGAGGCAAAUGCCUGCUGCGUGCCAGGGUCUAGCUGUUCAUGGGAGAAAAGGGAUGAGCGGUCAGGCUGCUACAGGCCUCAAUAGCUGAGCAAAACAUUCUUUCUUAACUGUUGGGCAGUCCUGACUCACUGGGAGCCAGCUGCUCCGAGGGUCACGCUCACGUUCUGCUCCAUUUCAGGUAGGGAAUGGGACUGGGAGGCUCUGCCUGAGGGGGACUUUGUACCAGUUAUUAAAUAAAGCUAUAACUUGAGUUUCAUUGUUA